UUCCUGCUAUUUCCAUUAAAUUAUUUCUUUUUGGGUUCUUGUUUGAGCCCAAAAUACAUGGCUCGGCACUUUCCAUGUCGGAUUUUAAUUCUCUAACUACUUUUCUCUCUCUCUCUUUUUUCCCACAGGAAACUCUGAAGUCUUCAAAAGUUUCAUUAAUCUUGUUACUGUUUGUGGACUUUUUUUUUAGUGAAAACAGUGACAACAUAGCACUGUUUCCCCAGAGGAAUAUCUAGCAACAGCGGCAGAAAGAAACUGUUUAGCACAGACAGCCAUCAUGUCCACAGAGGAAUUGACAAGAAGACUUAAGGAAGAACUGAUCUGCUCCAUUUGCUUGGACUGUUUCCAUGAUCCAGUCUCCAUACACUGUGGGCACACCUUCUGCCAAGCUUGCAUUACUGGAUACUGGGUUUUCAUUAACAAAAAAUGUUUCCACUGUCCUAAGUGUAGAAAAACCAGCCGGAAAAAAAUCCUAAAGCGCAACCGAGAGUUAGGAAACAUUGCCAAAAUUGUCCCAAAGCUGGAUGAAAAAACCAAAGAAAAAGAAAAGGCAAAAGAGAAGGUCUGCCAGAUGCACCAGGAACCGCUGAAACUUUUCUGCAAAAAUGAUCAAAUGGCGAUCUGUGUGAUUUGUGACAAAUCGAAAGAGCACAAGGACCAUACAGUGGUUCCUGUGGAGCAAGAAUUCCAGGACCAACUGUCAUUUUUGAAGACAAACAGAGAAAAACUUGUUAAAAUUCAGUCAGUGAAUACAGCGAGGAACAAAGGAGCCCUGAAUACAAUCGAUGCUGGGAUUCAGAAAAUAUCAUUGGCCUUUAAGCAGAUUAAUCAAUCCCUUAAGGAACAGAAGCAGCAGCUGCUGGCCCAGUGGAACUCACUCAAGGCAGCACUUAAGGAACAAGAAAUUCAUAAUGCCACAAUUUCAGAGGAAAUUUCUUGCCUUGAUAGCUUCAUCACUAUGGCAGAAGAAAGAUGGUCAAUACUAGACCUUGAGUUUUUACAGGAGAUGCAGAAUGCAUCAAUGAGGUUAAAGCAAAAGAAGGUUUUGGGAUUCGAUGAACUUCUUCCUGAAAUGGAAAACCGGCUUGCUUAUCAAAAUGAGGUUGUCACAAGUACCUUGCGGAAAUUGGAAGAUGCUCUAAUAUCUGCUAAGAGGGAAAAGUCAAACUCUCCUAUUGCAAAAAAGAGGAAAUCAGAAUCCCAUAGCCGAGAGAGCAGAAUGCAUUCCUCAUCAUCUCAUCAGCCUGAUAAAAGGGCACCAGUAGGAGAUAAUGGUCUAACUUCUGUUAAGAAGAAGGAAGAUUCAAACUCUCCUAUUGAAAAAAAGAGGAGAUUGGAAGACCAAGCUUUUGAUUAUAGCCCAGAGAGCAGAAAACCAAUUCAGUGUCCACUAUGCUAGGUGGAAUUAUGUACAAAUUAUUGUAGCGAUACUUCAGCACUGUACUAACUUCUAUAAUAUAUAAAAAAUGCUUCACAUCUGUGUCAAAUUGCCUGCUUUCCCCUUCCAAACAACUUCACUAUUAAGCAUCAAUAAGAGAGUGAAGGGAAGAUCAAUAUAUAAAAUCUUUAGGUUUGUCUUGUGCUUUUGGAGUUUUUUUCCCCCAGCAAUCUCUUUUUUCAGCCACAUGUUUAUAAUAUUCUAUUCAUCUGAUACCCAAGCAGCUUAAAGUUGUCCUGAGCUUCUAAUAUUAAAAUAGCUUUUUGUUCUUUAAGCACAACAGGAGCUGUGGCACUUUUGCUGUGGUUGCAAUCUGAUCUAUUUCAUCAGCCCCUCAUUUGGUGUUACAGCCAGGAUUAGAAGUUGAUGUAGCCAAGCAGCACAUACAAGUAGGCCUCGACAUACGGCCAUUUAUUUUGUGACUGUUCAAAGUUGCAGUGACACUUAAAAAAACAGACAUAUGAGUUUGCAUUUACUACUAUUAGUGUCCCCACAGCCACAUGACCAAAUGCAAGCACUCGUAUUUACAAUAUCUGCAAUGUCCCAGGAUCCUUUAAUUGCCAUUUGGGACCUUUCCAGCUUACUUCUGAAAAGCAAAGUCACUCGGAGAACUGGAUUCACUUAAUGACUGCAUGAUUCACUUAAUGACCAUGACAAAAACGGUUUGAAAUUGGGUGAGGUUCUCUCCACUGUAAUUUAGAAUAGAAUAACAGAAUUGGAUGGGACCUUGUAGUCCAAGCCCCUGCUUAGGCAGGAUAACCAUUUAG